AUGGAGCAGGAGACUGAACGUGUUGCGCAGGCCAUCGCAAUUGCUGCAGAUCCUGCCCAGGUGGCGCUUCACCAAGAAGCAUUGUAUUAUCUCACAACCGUACAACAAAACGCCAACAAUACAUGGCGACUCGCAUUGUCGAUCUUCGCUGAUGCCACACCCGAUGGCUCGAGAAGAUAUUCACCACAAGCACGAUUCUGGGCGCUGCGACUUCUGGAAGAAUUUCUCGACAAUCGAUUUGAGCCACUCGACGAUGAAGCUUUCCAAACGCUGCGGCAAGGAUUCCUGACAUACAUACAAUCGGAAUACGUGUUUGGCAGCGCAGAGGCUAACGCUUCGUUCCUACGCAACAAAUUCUCACAUACGCUAACCCUCUUCUUCCUCUGCACCUACAUUGAUCAAUGGCCAACCUUCUUCGCCGACAUAUUCGCACUCAUCCGACAGGAUGCAUCCAAAUUCAACAGACACGUUUCGCUGCUGUUCUUCCACCUGGUUCUCGAAAUAUCAGGCGAGGUAGCCGAUCAAAUGAUCAAGGCCGCACGGACGUUCUCUACACAACGUCAUACUCGAGAUGGCCAGGUGAGGGACGCCGUUCGGGAGAGGGACGCUUCGCAGAUCAAUGAAGCCGUACUGACUAUAAUUGCUGACGGCGUGGAGAGAAUGUCGGCUUUACGGGAGGCUGGAGAUUCCUCACGCGAGCUUGGAGAUGUCAUAGAGGUUGUAGACUGGGGGAUUCGAACGUUUGGCUCCUACGUCGGUUGGAUUGAUAUUAAUCUCACAGUCACACCAACAACUGUCCCAUUACUAUUUACUCUCCUUGCCGACCCGUCGUUACCUAUUCGUCUUGCUACAUCAGUGGCUCUCCUCCGGAUUGUGGCGAAAGGACUAAAAGAGCCAAGUGACAAACUUCAACUAAUAAAGGUCCUCUCGCUGGGUCAAGUCAUUGACGCGCUGGAAUCAAAAACCCGCAAUCAACAAAUUCAACGGGGCUCGAACACGGACGAAGGGGAAGAGUCGUACCGCGAAGCUUUGGGGAAAUUGCUGAACAUCUACGGCUUAGAGCUACACAAGCUCAUCGAUGAUUGUUCAGAUCAGGCGAUCCGGACCGAAGCUACGCAGUACCUGAACCAGAUACUGCCCGUCAUGCUUCGCUUCAUGGCCGACGAAUAUGACGACACCUCCUCCACCAUAUUCACUCUCCUUCAUACUGUGUUGUCAAGCUACAAACGUAGUCGCAAAAUGUCAUCCGAGCCCAUCGAGGACUCAAAACGGACCUUCUUGGUCUCGCUGCUGAAUGUCAUUUUAGAGAAAAUGAAAUGGGAAGAAGAUACCGACAUGGAUGACCCUGAUGACGAUGACGUCGCGGCCUUCGAAGGUCUUCGCAAGGAAUUACGAAGCUUUAUGGAUGGCGUGCUGGUCAUUGAUCAAGAUUUGGUGACAGAGGCCGUGCGAACACUUGCCCUCAAUACGUUGGCAGGGUAUCGCAAUGGCGUUGCGGUGAAGUGGAACGACGCCGAGUUAGCGAUUUACCUUGUUUAUAUCUUCGGGGAGAUCAACAAAUCAGGAGGUAAAGGCCGAGCGGCCUUCUGUCAAGCUCCAAGUAUUGACAAGACGAUGCGGAAAGACGUGGACUACUCAGAGUUUCCUCUGACUGCUCACGGCGAGAUGCUUCUUAGUCUCGUUCAAUCCGGCAUCUCCUCGUAUCCACAUCGCGCCGUCGUCAUGCAGUUCUUCGAGGCCGUCACUCGAUAUAGCGACUUCUUCAAGGUCCGGAAAGACUGCAUCAUGCCCACCCUCGAAGUCAUGGUUGAUACUCGAGGCUUGCAUAGCCAAGAUUCGACAGUCCGAUCGCGGGCUUUCUACCUCUUCUACCGGUUCAUCAAAGAAAAUAAGACUGAUUUCCCCUCGUCCGUCGCAGUGAACCUGGUUGAAGGAAUACGGGAUCUCUUACAAAUUGAAGUGGAACUCCCAGAGAUAGACGAAGACACCACGAAGGACAUUCUCACGGAAGCCUUAAGCACACCAAGUCGAUUCGACUCACAGAUAUAUCUCUUCGAGACUGUUGGUGUGCUAUGUUCCCUUCUCAAGUCCCCCGAAGAGCAAUCGGCUCUGUUACUUUCCGUCGCGAAACCGCUUCUAGACGAAUUGUCUACCAAUCUACAAGCUUCUACCUCGUCCAUGGAGCCUACAGCAAUAUUACGCGUCCAUCACAUCAUCAUGGCACUUGGAAAUAUCGCAAAAGGCUUCCCAGAUUUCCCUUCCCCCGUCCAACCAGGACAUGUGCUCCCUCCCCUUGAAGUACUCCAGCAGAUUGCCCAGGCGAUUAUCGUCUGCUUAGAGGCCAUGAAUGUCUACAAGGUCGUCCGGGAUGCUUCACGGUUCGCAUUCGCUCGAAUCCUUGCUACCGCAGGACCUAGCGUCACGCGAUACAUCCCACCAUUGAUGGCCAACUUGCUCAAUCGGUUCGAACCCUCGGAACUGGCUGAUUUCAUGACCUUUAUAGGUUUGCUGAUCCAUAAGCUGCAGCGAGAUAUGCUAGGCGUCCUAGAUGAACUUUUGGGACCGCUGAGCUCUCAUAUAUCGUCUAUCCUCGCCCAGCCAGUCGGUGGAACGGACGAUCUAGUGACACGGGUGGAUACAAAGAGGGCCUACCUCUCGCUAUUGAAUAGCAUCAUGGCAUCUAAGCUGCAUAGCGUCUUCACAUCAGAACGGAAUAAGGCAACGUUUGAGCCGCUCUUGGAGACCGUCCUUCGAGAGAUCGAAGAUCUGUCAGAUCCGAGUAGCCAGAAGACCGCCCUGACAUUCUUCGGUCGAUGUGUGGCUGUCUGGGGACAGCCUACCGGCGGGCCUGGCGAAAAUGACGCUAUCCCCGGAUUCGAACGGUUUAUCUACGAACGGCUGGUGCCAACUGCUUUUAGCGUUCUGUUCAAACCGGAUUACAACAUCAAAGAUGGGCAGAUGUUCACGGUUCUUCACGAAAUCGCCAGUUUCCUCCAGGUUGUUGGGAAGACACGGGGUACGGAAGCCUAUGAAUAUUUUGCUACCGUUUUCCUCCCAGGCCAAAAUCUACCAUCGCAACUCGCCGUCGAGUUUGCUACGAAGCUACGCGAUUGGGAUGGCAAGGCAUUCAGGAAAUAUUUCGCAGAAUUCGUUCGUUCUUCUAGACCUCAAGCCUAA